AUGACAUCCCACGUCACAUAUUGGCCAGAUACAGCCAUCAAGCAAUAUUCAACUGGACGUUCGAACGUCCUAGGUCUUUCGGAUAGUGGACUUGUUUGGGAAUGGAAGAAUGAGACGGCUGUGCUGAUCGCUCCUCUCAAUGUAGACCUCAAGGAGAAAACGGUCUUCGAGGUUCAAGCCGGCAUUGAUCUUGUACCGGGCGGACGCCAGGAGUCACUGCAAACAGGCUUGAGGGUCACGGUAGACACCGUCACAAUUCCAGGAACUUCUUUUCGUCAGCAUGACCAGGCGACCUAUGCGAAAGACUCUCUUGAGGCCUACAUCGGCGAGGUGAAGCAAUUUAUUGUUCUCGAAUCACACAUCGUUUUCACCACCCACCACGGCCGGGUUUUCAGCUAUACGACUACCUAUCCUUUGCCGGAGUUUUCCCGCCCCAAUCCCGUCGAGCUUACGACUUUGUACAAUGCAAGCACCAAGUCAAAUGCCCAGGCUUUUGAGCCUCGCAGUCUAGUAGGAUCUUUCCGUAAUUUCGGCAUCGUCACAUCCACAGCAAAUGUCUUAACAGCGACAGAUUCUUAUUUGAACGUAUUCCACGAGCAGGCCGCUUUACCGAGCGUAGAGCAAAGACUUUCCCAACCGGACGUCCUCCCCUCACUGCAAUCCGGUGACGUAGUCUCAGUCUCCUUCGGAGACUACCACAUGCACGCCCUACACAGUGACGGUACCAUCAGCUCCCUGGGCACGGAAAGUCAGCGUUGCGGUGCUCUAGGCUUAGGUGAUUCCACUGUUUCAGGGUGCAGAGGCGUCCAGAUCGCAGGCUGGCAUAGGUCUGGCAGCCUCAACAUCCCUCAGGACCCAAGAGACAAGCGGACUGUUUGGUUCGAACCAUUAAUGGAGUCCUGGAUUGGGACACUGGUUUCGAAUACGCGCAGCAGACUCGGAGGUACUGCGACGCUUGACUUAGCUUAUGCCCCUCAGGACUCUGAGCAGCUGAGCACCUGGUUUGAACGUGAAGGGAGGAAAUGGAUGAGGCGCCCCGUCUCGCAGGGUCGUCUGAGCGAUCGGAAAUCCCGCCCGACAACUCUUCGUAAGACGACAACCAGCACUGACGAGCAGGACGAUGAGGAUGAUCUUCCGGCCUAUUUUGCCCUCAAAGUCGCUUCGGCGGGCUGGCACUCUGCAGCUCUCGUGCUUGUUGACGACGAUAAAGCCCAGGCGAUCCGCGACAGAUAUAUCGAGCCACGUCCACCUGCUACAAGCAGUACCGUCGGCUCUGGUAUAUGGAAUCUUGGCCGCCGCUUUCUGGGACUUACGGUGAGAGACGAGAAUGAGCAGAGCCAGACGAGGUAUAUAUGGGAGAAUGAGGAGCUGCCUCGAACUCUGACGUCCUGA